GUCCUUUUCUUGCGCAGAGACGAUGUCGCAUCGUAAGUUCCACGCGCCCCGUCACGGUUCGACCGGGUUCUUGCCCCGCAAGAGGUGCGCCCGUCACCGCGGAAAGGUAAAGUCCUUCCCCAAGGAUGACAAGACAAAGCCAGUGCACCUCACGGCUUUCCUUGGCUAUAAAUCUGGAAUGACCCACAUCGUACGAGAAGUCGACAAGCCCGGCUCCAAGGUGAACAAGAAAGAGGUUGUCGAGGCUGUGACCGUUAUUGAAACACCUCCGAUCGUGAUCAUCGGAGUCGUCGGUUACAUCGAGACUCCUCGUGGUCUCCGAGCCCUGAAAACAAUCUUCGCGGAACACGUGUCGGACGAUGCCCGACGUCGGUUCUACAAGAACUGGUACAACUCGAAGAAGAAGGCUUUCACCAGGUCGGCGUUGAAAUGGCGCCAACCGGAGGGUCUCAAAAUGAUCGAGCGCGACUUCAAGAAGAUCCAGAAGUACUGCACUGUUGUUCGAGUUAUCGUCCACACUCAGAUGUCGAUGUUGAAGCGCCGACAGAAGAAGGCUCACAUCAUGGAAAUUCAGCUGAACGGUGGCAGCAUCGCCGACAAGAUCAAGUUCGCUCGUGAGCACAUGGAGAAAGCUGUUCCCAUCAAGAACGUCUUCGCUCAAGACGAGAUGAUUGACAUCAUCGGAGUCACCAAGGGUCACGGAGUCAAGGGAGUCACCUCCCGUUGGCACACGAAGAAGUUGCCGCGUAAGACGCACAAGGGUCUGCGCAAGGUCGCCUGUAUCGGAGCCUGGCAUCCUUCUCGAGUCCAGUUCACCGUCGCGAGAGCUGGUCAGAAGGGUUACCAUCACAGGACUGAGAUCAACAAGAAGAUCUACCGCAUUGGCGAUGGAUUCCACACUGUUGACGGAAAGCUCGUUUCCAACAACGGAUCGACCGAAUACGACAACACCAACAAGUCCAUCAACCCCAUGGGCGGUUUCAAGCACUACGGUGAAGUGAAGCAAGACUUUGUCAUGCUCAAGGGCUGCGUCAUGGGACCCCGCAAGCGAGUCAUCACGCUGAGAAAGAGCCUCAUCACUCAGACGAAACGUGCGGCCACCGAGAGCAUCACGCUGAAGUUCAUCGACACUUCGUCGAAGAUGGGCCACGGUCGCUUCCAGACCCACGAAGAAAAAUCUGCCUUCAUGGGACCACUCAAGAAGGAUCGGCUCAAGGCGGAAGCUGCCGCAGCUGCCGCCGCCACCGCCGAGAGCGUUUGAGCGCCUCCGGCCGCCGAUCCUGACGAUCUGUUCCUCGAAGAAACUUCUGGACGGUUCUGAAAGAACGGCGAAUAAAAGAAUUCAAGAAAUUCUUGACC